AACUGACGCGCGCCGUGCCGUGCCUUUUUUCGAUCUGUAAUCAUCUUCUAAACACGCGGACGUGCGCGCGACGUUGUUCAGUUUCACUUUGCACAGCACCCGAAACGGGUCGUCGCGAUCGGACUUCCGGAUCGUACGUACAUCGUACAUCUAGGACAACAUCAUCGGUUCGGCAAGGAUUUCAACUCGAGCAGCUACAUUCUACUGACUGGCUGGAUAGAACCAUCAAUGUAGUGCAUUUCCGUCCACACAAUACAACCUGAUUUGAACUACUCGUGCCGUGCUACGUGAACCCAACCGUAUCUACGGUCAAGCACACGAUGGGGAAAUCCAUAGCGAUUGUUCUCCUCUCUACUGUGCUGCUAGCAGCAACUUCGGUACGAAGUCAAACCUCGAUCGGGGCCAACGUGGUGCUCGAUCCCCAGGACAUCGUCAUACUGGUGAAUGAAACCAAAGAAAUCCUGGUUCGCUUUCGCGGCCAACUGACCCAGAACGUCCAGUUCAACUUCACCGACAACGAUGUGGACUUCGUCACCGUUACGCCUUCACUGAUCUCGAUCGAUGCUCCUCCGAGUGGGUUCAUCGACAGGGCCGUUCCGGUCGCUCUGCAGGCCCGUUCACCGGGUCAGUUUGACCUGGUGGGACGAAUCAUUCCGUCCGGACUGAUUGAUGACGCGGCGGCAUUCAUUAGGGUUACAAUCGCCAACUCCAGGGUGAUUAUGUACGCGGCGAUUGUGAUCGGAUGGAUCUACUUUGUGGCGUGGACGAUUUCGUUCUGGCCACAGAUGAUCGUUAACUUUAGGCGAAAAAGUGUCGUAGGACUGUCAUUUGAUUUUUUGGUCUUGAACCUGCUGGGACAUACGCUGUAUGCGAUCUUCAACUGUUCCCUCUAUUGGAACAAUCACAUAGAGCAGGAGUACUUCAGCAGGAAUCCACGGGGGUUGAAUCCGAUCAUUGCGAACGAUGUGGCGUUCUCACUGCAUGCAUCGUUGGCGACGUUCUUGACGGUGGUACAGUGCUUCCUCUAUGAGAGAGGAGAUCAGCGGGUAUCGUACACGGCGCAGGGUAUCCUAGGGGUCUUCGUGACGAUCAUUGUUGUAUCGGGAAUUUUGGUAGGCACUGGAACCUGGCACUGGUUGGACUUUUUGUAUGCACUCAGCUACAUCAAGCUGGCGAUCACUUUGAUCAAGUAUGUACCGCAGGCGGUACUGAACUUCAGGCGGAAGAGUACGGUGGGAUGGAGUAUAGAGAACAUCCUGCUCGAUUUCACCGGUGGAACCCUGAGCAUGCUGCAGAUGUUGCUCAAUGCUUAUAAUUAUGAUGAUUGGGCAUCGAUCUUUGGCGAUCCAACCAAGUUCGGAUUGGGGCUGUUCUCCGUACUGUUCGACAUUGUGUUCAUCGUGCAACACUACGUGUUGUACAAAGAUUCCGAGUACACCGAACUACCCGGAGACAAUCAAGCCGGGUAUGACCCGGGCACUAGUCAUCUACCGACCACACCCGAUCCUGUUACAGUGGAUCCGGAGCCAAUCAUCGUAUUGUAAUUUUAGUUGGCCAAUAAACUUAAUCUAGUAGUGAAAAUAAUGAAACUGUAAAAGCACUCCUCUGUUAAGUAGUACACACACAAUAAGUCUGAUAUUUGAAGUAUUGUUGCUCAUCUGUAACUGCAUCAAUUUUGCAUUCCUGUCUGUGUAAGUGUGAAUUAUUUUG